AUGGCGGCCAAGAGCGUGUCCAUCGCAGGCCCAGGGGACACGCAGUUGGCAGCAGGACAGCAGACAACUCUUGGACAAGUUCGUCCCGAAGCGGUCAUUGCCGUCAGGCAUAUGGACGACCUGGGAACCAACAUCCUCACUCAGAGCCUCCUGCCAGGUCAGAUGGCGGAGCCUGAUCAUGACAAACGAGAGGUGUUUCGGGACUACCCGGGGGACUUUGACACCUUCACGCUGUCGGAUGUCACGCACAAGCUACACGUCUUCAUCUCUUACAACUGGGCCAUGCCUCAAUGGCUGAAGUUUCUGGCGUUGGCCUUUCACUUCAACCACAAGGCGGCCUCGGUGGCCGCUGCACUGGCCUACAUACUGGCUGUUCUGCUGGUGAUGCUGCACGCGAAAGCACACGAAGGUGUCGACGACCUGUACUUCAGAAGCCAUGUGGGGACUGGCGUGUGCGUGGUGACGUACUGGCUCUUCCUGCUUUGCUGGCAUGAUGUCAAGGCCCUCUGCUUCCGUCGCGGGAAGCGGGUGUUUCUCGACCGCUGCUGCAUCCAUCAAACCGACGAGGAGCUCAAGCAGCAGGGGAUCGAGAAUCUGGAUAUCUUCCUUCAGCUGUCGGACCAGAUGCUCGUGGUCUACUCGGAGCUUUAUACCAAGAAGCUUUGGACGAUGUACGAGCUGGCCACCUUCCUUCCCAAGCGGGGGCCGAGCCGGUUAGUGGUGCUCCCGACUUUCCUGAUCCGCUGUACCAUCCUCGCGGUACCCACCGUGGCCCUGCACUGCAUCUGGGUGCAACUGCUGCUGGUGGAGGACGUCCAGCAGCCUAUAGAAGAGCUGUUUCCAGACUCCCGGCUGGCCAUCUUGCUGCUGGAUUUGCCGCUUUUGUUGGUCGUAACCUGGGCCUUUCGCAGGUGGGCUAAAGAGGAGAGGCAGAUGCGGGAGAACGUGCGAACGUUCCACUACGGUGAUUCUCACUGCUUGAAGGAGACAGAUCGCAGCAUGGUUUACAGCAACAUCGCCAGGUACAUGCGGGACACCAAAGCAGUCUCUGCCGACGCACCCGAUGAGGAUGCGUUGAUGGCCUUCAAUGAGCUGGUGAAGACAGAGGUACCCAUUGCCGUGACCAAGUCCUUGGGAGGCUGGGGAAUACCACUACGGUAUCUGUUUGUGAUCCUCAUGCCCUUGAUGACCAACAUCGUGGACUAUUUGGCCGUCGCGCCGCUGCUGUAUCCUGAGCCGCUGCCCAUGGCCAUGUAUGCCACAGGACUGCUGAUAUUUGCCACCUCCUCGCUGGUUUGCGCGACCUUCCUGGCCCCUUGGCUUAGUUGGGGCUGCGGCCCUCGAUCGUUUCAUGAUGUCAUAGGGGCUGGGUACUUCACCUUAGGACCUUUUUGGUUAACUAAGAUCCUAUUACAAAUACAAGGUUAG